GUGAACUUUGCCAAGAGUUUUGUCCGUUCUCCGCCCAGCAUCGACAUUGACAAGAUCAACGAUUUCCAUGAAGUCACUGAAGACAAAAUAAAUGAAUACCGGACAGUUGCGGAAGACUUUUGUAUCACUCAGAGGCUGGAUGAAGAACUCGUGUUCCAUCGCGCAACGUUUCCAGAGGCCUGUGAGGAUUUCAGUGGCUGGGCAUUCUUCUCUGCUCCUUCUGGGGCCUUUAGGGUAUGGCCAGGCGUUCUUGCAAGGCAGGGGGGCGGAGACUGCCCAGAAUUUGACCCCAGAAAGCGGCCAUGGUACCAAGCAGCCAGCAGUGGUCCCAAGAACGCAGUUAUUGUUUUGGAGGCAUCUGAGCCGGAGACCGAUUUCACGAUUGCCAAGGAGGUGACAGAAGCACUGCUGGGGAUGUUCACCUUCCUUGACUUCAUAAAUAUUGUGGUCUUCAACGACACAGCGAAGUCGCUGGGCAGCAACAUACUGAUACAGGCCAAACGAAGGAACGUGGACAGCUUCCUCCAGAGAUUGGGUGACACAAAGCUUGCUGGUAAUGGCGCAGUUGUUGACUAUGGAAAUGCGCUCAGCAUGGCUUUCAGCAUAUUCAAUCAGUCACUGAAUGUGGAAGAACUGGAGGAGCUGGAUGAUUGCCAAAAGGUCAUCAUAUUCAUGUCUCACAGCCAGGAUUGCAGUGAGACCCCGGGAGCCAAGUGCUCUGUCGCAGAUGGUGGCAUUACACCAGAGGGGGGUGCCCGCAAGAAACUCCUAGAAAAAAUUGAGGAGCUGCAAGGAGCGUUUUCAAACCAUGUAGCUUUGUUCACAUAUUCACUGGGAACACACGGCGACCCUGGUCUACUGCAACAGAUGGCCUGUGAAAAUGGCGGAGUCUAUUCCAGGUUUCAAGACCGGCAUCGGGACCCCCUCGUGCCCAUCAGUGCUUUCUUUCACUUUGUUUCCCUGGCUUAUGCCAAUGAAGACCCCAUAUGGAGCGAGCCAUACAUUGAUGCCUUUGGCCUUGGAGAAGUCAGCUCUAUCACAAUGCCCAUUUUUGCUGUGGAGGGCAAUGGCAACGAUCCACCAAGAUGUUUCAUUGGUGUCGCUGGGCACGAUGUGCCAACGAACGACCUAGACCCUCGCAUGCACAUCAAUGAUGUGAUCAACAGUUUGUCUGACUCACGGAGGUGUACAAAGAAGGGUGGGCCUCAAGAUGCCUGCAAAUUGCAGGAUCUACGGGGAGAACAUCAUCAGUGCCAGGCUCGUUUGAAUUUGUCUCGAUGUUACAAUUUCACGGAUCGUUCUGGUGAGCCAGCACUCUAUACAAUUCCAGGAGAUGUCACCAAAUCGGGGGCCUCACAAUUGCUAGAUUUUAAAGCCGCAAAUACAAGUUGCUCUGAGAAGGGCGGUCGCUUGGCUGUUGUGGACACCCUUGCAAAACAGCAGUUCUUUUCGGGUAUUGUCCCACCAGAUAGGUCAUGGAUAGGUUUGACAAGAAGCGAAUCUGUGGGCGAAUGGAGAUGGGCUGACGGCAAGGCAGUCAGCAGUGAAGCACUGUCCAGGCUGUGGAUCUCAGAGGAUGCCCUGAAGGAUGAGCAGGAUGGGGAUCGCUGCGCGGUCCUGGAUCCUGGAUCGACUGUGCGGAAUGUGCGAGGGUCCAACUGUGACCAGCUGUUGAGCUUCAUUUGCGAAAUUCGUGACCCCAACAGCACGGAAUGUCAGGGAGAAAUUGAAUCUGUGUUGUACGAAAAUCUGACGGAAACGAUCGGGGGGAAAUUGGAGCAGCUGCAAAAUGAAGAGGGUGGUCCCCUGUGCGAAGUUUUCGAUGACUGCGGAUUUGAAGAAGUGCCCAUAAUGCAGGAUGUGGUUUGCCCACUGGGGACCACCCGAGAUUAUGAAUGUUGCGAAUGCACUGGGGAGGCAAACCCUUAG